AGGGCGCGGCUCCCCGCAGGCUCCGGGGGGCGGCCCCGAAAGCUGCCGGCGGGGCUCCCCGCUACGCCUCGGUCCCGCCCCGCCUGGGCGGUGGCCGGGAUCGGGGCUGGGGCUGGGGCCGGGUCGCGGAGCUUCUCGGCGGGCGGCAGCCAUGCGGGGCGGCGGGCUUCUCCUGGCGGCGCUCCUCGCCCUCCUGGCACCUGGCAGAGGCAAUGGCGAUGACUUCAGGUUAGAAGAUGCAUUUGGAGUACCUUCAGAGAAACCUCUUCCGACUAAGAAGGCACCAUCAGACUAUGAUGGGUUUAGCUUGGAAGAUGCUCUUCAGCCUGGUGACCCCAAGCCAGGUCCGCCUGCAAAGCCUAGAGACUCUGAUAACCCGAAGCCAGGUUCACCUGCUAGAGACUCUGGCAGCUUUGAUGAUACGGAUCUAUACAAUGGUGAUUUACCAAGAGGAGGAGGUGGCGGCGGUGGUGGCGGUGGACAAAAGGACUCAGGUCCAAAUAAGGUUGAAGAUGGUGAGGCUUCUCAGGGAGCAAUAGCUGGAAUUGUAAGCGCUGUCGUUGCUACUGUAAUUGGAGCAGUGUCUAGUUUCAUUGCUUAUCAAAAGAAGAAACUUUGUUUCAAACAAAGUGCAGAUGAAGAGAAUGUGAAUAUGGAUAGCCAUAGGGGAGCGCAAUCUGAGCCACCUGGUAAGAGAAGAAUCUAGAUGGAAGACCAAAUUUUUGUUCAGCGCACGCUUCUGGGGAACUAAGAGAAAUCCUGAUGAAGAACAGACCAUUGAAACUGGAUAGGGAGCCUGAAAAAAAAAAAAGGAAGCAAAAAAAAGCAUAAUGUAAACAGCAGAGUCUGAAGCUGCGUGAGAAAACAGUCCAUGUUUGAAACAUUUUAGGGAGCGUGACUUAGACCUGAGUACUUCUGUAUGGCUACCCCGUGAAGCAAUGUUGCACAUCAAUAUAUGGCCUUAAUGACAGGAGUGGAGAGUGAUGUUGUUCUUUCCUUUACUCCUGUGACAAAUGGGUGUGCCUCAAGUGCAUUCAGUAUGUUUUACUUUUCUUUACCUUUCCAAAAACAAUAAGCAAUUAAUGAUUUGUUAUGUCAUAUCUUUAGGCAGUGUAAAUGUUUUUUUGUUUGUUUUGUUUUGUUUUUAUUUUAAAUCCUGUAUGAAGUCAAUGUACCAACCAACAAACAUGGUUUAUGUUGUGGGCACCUGAAAGCAAAUGAAAUGGCUCAUUUUGUGUGGAUAAUGGAUCUCAGUGUGGGUGCUGCUCAUACAAUCUGUGUAGCUGCCUUGGUCAGCCACUAAGGAAGUGAUAAUUGUUUUUGAGCAUCCAAAAGACAAAAAAUCAGAGUUUUGUUUUUGAAUUUUUUUUUCCAUUUCAUCUGUCUGGUACAGAUUCAGAACAAACAAACUAGUCCACCCAGACCCUUCAUCCUUUCUGGCUCUUCUUCUUGCUUAGCAACUACUGAGCUGGUCAGAUGUGGAAAAGCCUGAUUGACAAACUAGAGCCAUAAUUGGAUUUUGUACAACUUGUGAGAUUGAGGUUUGGCAACUCUCUGGACAGUUGUGAAUGAAGUACUGGGGAGUGGAGAUUAACAUCAUCACGCCUGCAUAAGCAAAAUUUUAAUAGAAAAUACUUUGAAUUCAGAAGGCUCCUAAUACACUUAGAAGGCGAAAACAGUACUUUGAUUCAGAAAUAAAGAAUAACAAGACUGACCAGAGCAACCCAGCCUCACUCCACAAGCAUCCACUGAACAUACAUGUGAAGAAUGCUUUUGGAUUCGUGAAGGAUUGCCAUCGGGAUGAAGGGCCAUGAUUACAUCCUCAGUUGAAAGCACUUGUGAAGUUUGCUGUGGCUUCUGAAAGCCACAGGGAGUUUUCAAGGAUCUGUGGAAACAUGGAAAACUGUGCACUUCAUAACAGUUAAAGGACUGAGUCUGAAAUAAUAACUAGUUCCGUCUGGAUGGAAUAGUCCAACCAGUUCUGUUGGCUUUCAUUCUAAGUGGUUCCAAUUUUCAUGCAAUUUUACUGUAUGUCUUACUAAUAUGCUUCAGCCACCUGGCAGAGUUCUAGAGAAAGAAGAUAUUCCAUUGAAUAUCUUAAAAGUCAUUGUGAAUUUGGAUAUUAAACAUGCACAUCUGUGCAUUCAAAUAUGAAUGUAUGCCAAUUAUAAUUCAUUUAAGAAUUUCUUGUACUUUUUAGCCUGCAACAAAGCUUUACACAGACUUUUGUCAUGGAAUUUAUUUGUAUACCUCUUCUUUUCCCACUUCUGCUUUUAACAUGAAAGUGCUAAAACCUUUAAGUGUUUUCAAGGGUGGAAAAGUGAUUUAUACAUAAACAUUUGAUCUAUGUAAAUAAAAGAAAUUAAAUGUACAGCUUAUCUGCAUGAAUAAAUAUAUAAAUGCCAAGCGUAGAGGAAACAAAAACAAGCCAGUCUUUGUUAAGGAAAGAAUGAGGGGGAAGCUCAGAGUAGCUUCGGUUAACCAGGUUCUUGAAUCCUUUUCCAGUAUUUGCAAGCCUAAAAAAAAAACCUUACUAAAACCCUCCUGUCCUGUGAUUUUUCUAAAAAUAAAUUUUAAAAUUAAAAAAAAAAAA